UCCCGUAACGGUAAUAUAAAGGAAUUGGUAUUUAAACCAUAUACUCAUGAACAACUAAAGAGUAUACUUAUUCAAAGAUUAAGUAGUACUAUAUCCAAUAAUGCAUCAUCUAGUAGCUGCAUAAUCGAUGAUCAUAUAACAUGGUUAGAUUUGGCUUCUAGAAAGGUAGCAGCAAUCCAUGGUGAUUGUCGUAAAGUCCUAGAUGUAUGUCGUCAUACCAUAACUGGACAAAUUAGUGAUAAAAAGAUGGAGGUUACUGCAAUGGAUACUAUCAAGGUACUCAAUAAGUGUUAUCGUAAAGAUGAUGAUAAUAUAGCUAAAGCUCUAGAGUAUCUACCUUUCCAACAACAGGUAGUAUUGGCUUGUUGUCUUACUGCUAUGGGACAUGAUAAUAUAGAGGCUGAUAUUCAUGUUAUUAAGGAUCAUAUCAAUAGAUACAUGAACAUACAUAAAAUGCCAAGUGUAACAUGGGAAGUAUUUCAUGAUCAUCUACAAGCUAUAGCUGGUCAUGGUUUGAUAUCAAUAUUAUAUCAUCAUAAAUCUAAAGGUAUACAGCAACAACCACCACCACCUACUAGGAGACGAACUACUAUAAGAGGAACUAGAGGAGGAUCAGCAUCAUGUACCUCGGGUGGUCAACAACGAGUCAGGUUAAUAGCGCCUUUCGACACUUUAUUACAAGGAAUAUUGUCUAAUCACAACAAGGAAUAUUUUGCCGAUUUACUAUCACCACAACUUGUGCUGCUUCCCCCCCCAACCAACAUGCAACAAUAAUUAAUCUGUUUAAUGAUACUACUACUCUCAUUAUUAUUAUCCGAUAAUGAUUUGUCUCUACAAUGGUAGAUAAUAUAAUUACAACUUUU